AUGAGAGACUACAAACUGGUUGUGCUUGGUGCUGGAGGUGUAGGUAAAUCAUGUUUGACUGUACAGUUUGUACAAGGCGUUUAUAUGGACACUUAUGAUCCCACGAUAGAAGAUUCUUAUCGAAAGACAAUGGAGGUCGACAGCAAGAUGUUUGACCUGGAAAUCCUGGAUACAGCCGGUGUGGCACAGUUUACAGCUAUGCGGGAGCUAUACAUAAAGUCUGGGAUGGGAUUUUUGCUGGUUUAUUCCGUGACAGACAGACAAUCGCUGGAAGAGCUGAUAGAGCUCAGAGAACAGGUUCUCCGUAUAAAGGACUCUAGCAAAGUGCCCAUGGUUCUGGUCGGUAACAAAGCGGAUCUACUUGAGGAAAGGGUCAUUUCAGUGGAAGAAGGCAUUUCCAUGAGCAGUCAGUGGGGCAAAGUGCCCUUCUACGAGACAAGUGCGCUUCUGAGAAGUAAUGUGGAUGAGGUGUUUGUGGAUUUGGUCAGACAGAUUAUUCGGAAUGAAAUGGAAAACCACAGCCAGCCUGCAGUAACGGGGCCCAUGUCUAGAAAACCCACCGCACAAAACCUGGGAAACUCAUCUAUCACGGCCGCAGCUGCGUCGCUCAAUCAGCCCAAGACUACGAUUCCAGCACCAGCGCGAGCUGACGCAGCAGCUGGGUCCAGGAACAGAAACAAAGCUUCUGGGUCGGCCAAGAGCAAGAAGAAAAAGAAGAAUUCAUGCACAAUUUUGUAA